CCUCCUCGGUGUCUAAGACGUGCGAUAAAACCUGCUUUUCAGGGAGAUGCAUCAACGGCACCUGCGUGUGUGACCACGGAUGGGUCGGGGAUCAGUGCCAGCACUGUCAGGGAAGGUUCAAGUUAACAGACCUGACAGGCUUUCUCACAGACGGGCCCGUAAACUACAAAUACAAAACCAAAUGCACUUGGCUCAUAGAAGGAUAUCCUAAUGCAGUACUCCGGCUGCGCUUCAAUCACUUUGCCACCGAGUGCAGCUGGGACCACAUGUACGUUUAUGAUGGAGACUCCAUUUACGCCCCGUUGAUUGCUGUCUUCAGUGGCCUUGUGGUACCAGAGUCCAGAGGUAAUGAGACAGUCCCAGAGGUGGUGACAACAUCUGGCUACGCUCUGCUUCACUUCUUCAGCGAUGCGGCCUACAACCUGACCGGCUUCACCAUCGCCUACUCGAUAAACUCUUGUCCCAACAACUGCUCGGGCCACGGAAGAUGCAGCACGGCCAACUCAGCGUCGGGCCGAGUGUACUGCGAGUGUGAGGAGUACUGGAAAGGAGAAGCAUGUGACAUCCCGUACUGCAGAGACAACUGUGGCAGCCCGGAUCACGGCUACUGUGACCUGACCGGAGAGAAGCUCUGCGUGUGCAACGACAGCUGGCAAGGUCCAGACUGCUCUCUGUCCGUUCCCUCCACCGAGGCCUUCUGGGUUCUGCCGAGCAUCAAACCGUCGGCUCAGUCUCUGGGUCGGGCGUCCCAUCAGGCCCUGGUGCAUUCUGGGUUGAUGUGGGUGGUGGGAGGUUACUCCUUCAACUACUCCAACUAUCACAUGGUCCUCAACUACAACCUGGAGAGCAGUACGUGGGACGCUGUGCCCGUCAGCAACGGUCCUCUCUACAGAUACGGUCACUCGCUGGCUCUCUACCAGGAUGACAUCUACAUGUUUGGCGGGAAGCUGGAGGCGGGAUCGGCCAACGUGACGGACGAGCUGUGGGUGUUCAACAUCCCCAGACGCACCUGGUCGCCGUGGAAACCGACCCCGCCCCCUCCCUACGCCCUAGAGGGGCACACGGCCCACGUGGUGGAGCUGGCCGACGGCGAGCCGGUGAUGCUGAUGUUCUUCGGAUACUCACCGAUCUACAGCUACAUCAACAAGGUUCAGGAGUACAGCAUCAGGUCUAACUCGUGGCAGGUUGUGGCUGCCGUUGGCGCCGUGGUCCAGGGAGGUUACGGCCACAGCAGCGUUUACGACGAGGCCAGCGGCUGCGUGUUCGUCCACGGCGGAUACAAGGCGCUUAGCAACAAUAAGUACGGCCUCGUGGAUCACAUGUACCGCUACCACAUCCACACGAGAACAUGGUUGAUCCUCAGGGAGAGCGGCUUGGCUCGGUACCUCCACUCUGCGGUGCUGCUGAGCGGCACGUUGCUGGUUUUCGGGGGAAACACUCAUAACGAUACGUCGCUCAGCAACGGAGCCAAGUGCUUUUCUGCUGACUUCCUGGCGUAUGAUAUAGCUUGUGAUGAUUGGACUGUCCUUCCCAGACCAGGGCUGCACCGAGACGUCAACCGCUUUGGACACUCUGCCGUGGUUAGCAACGGCUCUAUGUACAUUUUUGGUGGCUUUUCCGGUCUCCUUCUGAACGAUGUGCUGGCCUACACUCCUCCGUCCUGCAAGGCCUUCUCUGACCCAGAUCUGUGCGCUGCUUCUGGGCCGGGCCUCCGCUGCCACUGGGUCAAAAGUGGAUGUGUCCCCUGGCAGCCGAAACCACCCAACCAAACUUCCCCCGCUCCUCUCUGCCCUCCGCGGCCUGACAGUACAGACGAGCAGUGUUUCAGGUUCUCAGACUGUGCGAGCUGCACCGCCAACACUCGCGGCUGUCAGUGGUGCGAGGACCGAAAGUGUAUCUCCACCUCCAGUAACUGCACAGUGUCGGUGAGAGACUCGUCCAGGUGUAAACGCAGAGAGGAGCAGGAGUGUUUCAGACUGGCUAACUGCAGGAGCUGCUCCCUCAAUGUCAACUGUCAGUGGGAGGCGCAGCAGCAGGAGUGUCAAGCACUGCCUGGCCAGCUGUGCGGAGAGGGCUGGCACCAUGUCGGCGAGGUCUGCCUGAGGAUCAACUCCAGCAGAGAGAGCUACGAUAAUGCACAGCACUACUGCAAGAACCUGGGAGGGAAUAUUGCGUCUUUGCUCACAGACAAACAGGUCAAUUUUGUACUGGAGGAGCUACAGAAAUACCAGCUGCAAGACAAGACGUUAUCUCCGUGGAUCGGCCUGAGGAAGAUCAACGUGUCGUACUGGGGCUGGGAGGACGCGUCACCAUUCACCAACACCAGUCUGCGCUGGUUACCUGGAGAACCCAGCGACUCGGGCUUCUGUGCCUACCUGGAGCGAACGCAGGUGGCGGGACUUAAAGCUAACCCCUGCACCGCCAACACAGACGGUCUGAUCUGUGAAAAACCUGCCGGGAGUCCACAGAGUCAGAGCGCUCGGCCCUGCAGGACGCCCUGUGCCGUGCGCACCAGCUGUGCCAACUGCACCAGCCAGGCCAUGGAGUGCAUGUGGUGUGGAAGUACGCAGCGAUGUGUCGACUCCUCGGCGUACAUCAUCUCCUUCCCCUACGGACAGUGUCUGGAGUGGCAGACACAGGACUGCACUGCCCAGAACUGUACAGGUUUGAGGACGUGUGCCGACUGUCUGGAGAGGGCAGAGUGCGGUUGGUGUGGCGAUCCCAGUAACACCGGCAAGGGCGUUUGCAUGGAGGGUUCCUACCGAGGGCCUCUGAAACCCGCUCAUGCCAAGACUGGACCGAGAGAUCGGGAUAGACUGCGAGACCGGGACAUGUUGCUGGAUCAGAGUCUCUGUUCGUCUGAUAGGGGCUACAACUGGGCCUUCAUCCAAUGUCCAGAGCAGCUACGGCGAGACAAGACUGUCAGGGGAAAUCACCUCGCAAAGAGCUGGGUGAAGACAAUACCUGCAGCAAAAUGUGACUCAGAGAACCGUUACCUUGGAAACCCUCUCAGAGGAACAUGUUAUUACAACCUGUUGAUCGAUUACCAGUUUACCUUCAGUCUGCUGCAGGAAGACGACCGACACUACACCGCUAUCAACUUUAUGGCUACGCCUGAACAGGCCAACAAGAACCUCGACAUGUCCAUCAACGCCUCUAACAACUUCAACCUCAACAUCACUUGGUCCUUAAGCUCAACAGCUGGCACCAUCUCAGGUGAAGAGAUGCCGAUCAUAGCGAGAACCAACAUCAAGGAGCACCGAGACAGUUUCUCCUGCGAAAAGUUCAACUUCAGGCUUCAUCACAACAUCACCUUCUACGUCUACGUAUCCAACUUCAGCUGGCCGAUCAAGAUCCAGAUUGCUUUCUCCCAGCACAACAGCAUCAUGGACCUGGUGCAAUUCUUCGUCACCUUCUUCAGCUGUUUCCUGUCUCUGCUGCUGGUAGCUGCUGUCGUUUGGAAAGUCAAGCAGACCUGCUGGGCUUCACGGCGAAGAGAGCAGCUGAUGAGAGAGCGACAACAGAUGGCCAGUCGUCCCUUUGCGUCAGUCGCUGUGGCGUUGGAGGUGGGCGGCGACCAGGAGGAGCUGUUACAGGGAAGGAAGGAAGGAGCGGUGCCAAAGCCGAUAGCCAUGGAGCCAUGCUGGGGGAGCAGAGCAGGUGUUCUGACGGUGUUGCUGUAUCUGCCCAGAGUCCCGUCUGGAACGCCUCCACCAGGACAGUCUGGUAUCGCUAUAGCCAGCGCUCUGGUGGACACGUCACAACAGCGAGUGAUGGACUUCAAAGAAAGAGGCCUCGGUCUGAAGCACCGCAAACACACCGUGCACCACCAGGGGACCUGUGUAUGA